AUGUCGUCCAAAUCGGUUCGGCGUUCUACGCACAUUUCGUUUACGACCACGAAAGGUGGCGAGACAGAGACGACUAGCAGCAGCAAGGACGUGACCGCUGACUCGGGAUCGGUUGAGGACAGCGGUUUCGCCCAGCCUGCUUCCCCCCUCAGCCCUACGUGUUUUACACGGCAGCAGGAGAAGCAGCAGCUGCAGCACCUGAAUGACCGUCUGGCUCAGUACAUCGAGCGCGUCCGCCAGCUUGAGACAGAAAACCAGCGUCUCUCGUUGAGCAUCCGCAACACCGAAGAGAUCGUCACUCGCGAACGUAACAACAUUAAGUCAGCGUUCGAGGCAGAACUGUCGGAUGCUCGUCGUCUCCUGGACGAAACCGCCAAGGACAAGGCUAAACUACAAAUAGACGCCGGAAAAUUCAAGGCAUUGGUCGAAGAAUUGCAGGCGAGAAAUGCUCGACUAGAGAGAGAAUUAAGGGAAAGCGAGACUCGACGCCUCUUCAUAGAAAGCCAAGUUCAAGAUCUGCAGGGCAGGCUUAAUACCGCUGAUUCUCAAAAAAAGCACUGGGAAGGAGAAGCUCGAAAGCUAAAAGGGGACAAUGACAAUCUGCGAAAGCAAUUGGAAAGUGCCCAAAAACAGCUGGAAGAAGAAACUUUGCUUCGAGUUGAUGCAGAGAACAGAAUGCAGUCGUUGCGUGAAGAACUCGCGUUUAACAAACAGCUGUACGAACAAGAACUUGAGGAAACGCGGAAGAAACGUCAGGUGGAGAUUACAGAGCUGAAUCAAGAAUUGGAAGACGAAUACAAGCAGAAGCUGCAAGACGCACUUAACGAAAUGCGCGAGCAACUUGAUUCACAAAUACGCAUUAAUCGCAAAGAGAUAGCGGACAUGUACGAAAGCAAGAUGCAAGAUAUGCGUGACAUGGCUGACAGCAAUAGAGACACAGCUGCUACUGCCAGGGACGAAGUAAAGAGGAUCCGAAGCCAACUGACAGCCGUGGAAACUGAUCGAUCUCAAUACGAAACGAAGAUCAAUAGCAUGGACAAGAAGAUAAAACAGUUGGAGUCACAACUGAGAGAUCAACAAGAAGAUUUUUACAACCGAAUGGCCAGCAGGGAAGAAGAGAUCAGCCGCCUACAGGCGGAGAUUGCACAGAUGAUGCAGGAAUAUCAAGACCUCAUGGAUAUGAAGAUUCAAUUGGACGUAGAAAUAGAGGCAUAUCGUCGUCUGAUUGAAGGCGAAGAGGCUAGACUGAAUCUUUCGCCUACUCCUCCACCAGGCGGCCAAAGCGCUCAGCGCUCUGAAAGACGUGGCAUCAAAAGGCGUCGCAUUUACCAUGAACGCGAGACCGAGAUGUUUCAGUCAUACGUGACUAAUUCUGAUUGCCAGGGAGACGUAGAAGUUUAUGAUCAUGAUAUCGAAGGAAUGUACGUGAAAUUGUUAAACAAACUUGACAAGGAUAUCCCCAUUGGUGGAUGGGUGAUCAAACGUACUGCCGGUGGAAACGAAGUUACUUACAAAUUUCAUUCCAAAUUAGUGAUGAAGCCGCAGAAGCAAGUGACGGUUUGGAGCUCGAAUGCGAAUGUUACUCACAACCCUCCAGGUGACUUACUGAUGAAAAAUCAACAGUGGCCCGUGGGCGAUACGAUUCGUACGGUGUUAAUCAACGCUGAUGAUAAGGAAAUAGCUUGGCGAGAAUCGGUGAGAAAUACUAGUUCCAAACGUAUGAGUUUUCGUUCAGCGGAUCCGGCAGACUAUGGCAUUGAAAUUGCGGAUGGCGACCAGCGUUGCAGCGUUAUGUGA